AUCGCGAGCGAGCCCAAACAAUCUCAAACAAUUCCAAUCCCACUGCGCCAGUACAUAAAAUCCCAAAUCUUGCUCAGAACAAACCACAAUGGCUCCCCAAGUUGCCGACCCCCGGAACCUCCGCGACCAGUCCGUAGUGGCCCACGGCUUUUGGCUCACAUUCCCUAGCGCCGCUGUAGCAAAGACCAUUCUUCACCGUCCCACAACAGAAAAGUCCAGAUUCAGCUGGGUCCUCAUCGACGCAGAGCAUGGCUUGAUCACAGAUAGAGAUUACUACGAACUCAGCAAUGCUGUUGCUUCGGAAGGAGCCAUCCCCAUUAUCAGAGUCCCAUGGGGUGAAGAAUGGAUGAUCAAACGAGCCCUCGAUGCCGGUGCUCACGGUAUCCUUACGCCAAUGUGCCACACCGAAGCCGACGCCGCCAAGAUUGUCAGUUACGUGAAGUACCCACCACUUGGAACUCGAGGUUACGGGCCGAUGUUCGCCUCGCACUCGUUCCCGAGCGUACUUUCCGACAACGAUUACGAAGAGGUUUCUCAGAAUGGCAUCAUCGUCAUGGUUCAGAUCGAGUCGAAGUCCGGAGUCGAGAACGUUGAGAAGAUUGCCAAGGUUGAGGGCUUAGAUGGCCUUCUGAUCGGUCCUUUUGAUCUUGCCAAGCAUUUGAACGUCCCCAGAGGCGGCGAAGAGCAUGAGGCAGCCAUCAAGCGCAUUCUGGCUGCGACGAAGGCUGCUGGAAAGAGGGCUGCAAUCUUCUGUACCGGUGGUGCUGAUGCUCGGGCUCGCAUUGAGCAAGGAUUCGACAUGGUAUCUGUUAUUACUGACGUUGGACUAUUGGGCGAUGCCAUGCAACAUGAGUUGGACGUGGCUAGUGGUCAAAAAGAGGCUGAUGGCUCGAAAGCCGCUGGAAACGGAGGAUAUUAAUGGAUC